AUUUGGAUUUGUAACGAGGCGCUACUGAGCAACUCUUCUCUGGAAAGUUCGUUUCAGUUUUUGAUGGCGAGUAUCCAAGCAGAUCCCUCUUUUGAGGGAAAUUUGAACAGGCUCAAUGUAAGCGAUGAACAGUUGAAAAAUCGCAUGCUUAUGGCAGUGCCGAAGAAAGGAAGACUCUACGAUCAGUGUAUUGCGUUACUGGAUAGGGCUGGAGUAAAGUAUCGCAAAAAAGCACGUUUGGAUUUGGCUCUCUGUACUUCACUUGACAUGGCUCUUGUCUUUCUCCCAGCAUCGGAUAUUGCUCUCUAUGUUAGUCAAGGAAGAAUUGACAUGGGAAUCACAGGACGAGAUGUUGUGGCAGAAAGUGGAGGAAAAGUUCAUGAACUAUUGAACCUUGGAUUUGGCAAGUGCAGGCUGGCAGUACAGGCACCUGUGUCAUCCAAAAUUUCAAGUGCAGAGGAUCUUGUUGGAAAAAGAAUAGUCACAUCCUUUCCAAAUGUCACCAGAAAGUACCUUUCUCAAUAUGAUCCCAACAACACUACCACGAUUAACUAUGUCAGUGGAUCUGUGGAAGUGGCCUGCAGCCUGGGAGUUGCUGAUGCUAUAGUUGAUCUUGUUGAAACAGGGGACACAAUGAGAGCAUGUGGACUAGAAAUAGUAUCUGAAAUUAUGAAGACUGAGGCUGUUUUGAUUGCAAACCCUAAAGCCCACUUUCAGGAUGUUGUUAGGACAGUUACAUCAAGAAUUGAAGGGAUCAUCCAUGCAGACAAGUAUGUGAUGGUUGAAUACAAUGUGGAAAGAGUAAAUCUCCCAAAAGCACUGAAAAUAACACCAGGAAAGAGGUCUGCCACACUCUCUCCUUUGGAUAAUGAGGCCUGGGUAGCUGUUCAAUGUAUGAUUCUUCAAAAUGAGGAAAAUCAGGUUCUAGACAAACUGAAAGAAAUUGGUGCCUAUGACAUAGUGACCUUCACCAUUCAGAACUGCCGUGUUUGAUGACAGGGUUACUUCUAAUUUAGAAGUACAUAUUAUAACUCUAGGAAUUUUAUGUAACGUAGGAAUAUUUAAUAAUGGUUAUUACCUGUAAGGUACUUUAGUUAGCAUAUCUCACCUUUGUAGACUUAACAUAUUUAUUGUGUCUAACUUAAGAAAUAUUUUUCCAGUAAAAAUGGCAUCUAAUAUUAAUAUUGAAUUAACAUCUGUUGUUUUAACUAGUUAACUCCAGAAGUGACUGACAACCUCUUACUAUAAUAUCCAAACAUUAUCCAGCAAAUAGGCAAUGAGAAUAUACUCAAACUUAACAGGAAGAAGUUACCUUUAUCAACCAUGUCACUGAUUUAGAAGGGAAUUUGUAGCAGCUAGAGAGGAUUGACAAUCAGAUCUUGGGGAUUAAAGGGUUACAUGGUUAAAAUGACGAGAUAUUGUCAUAACACUCAAUGAUGUAAAAUCAUAUUAGUUCUGUAGUAAAACUGCCACCUGUUUUGAUGCUGUGUUUGUAAAAUGUCCUAUAAAGAUGUAUUUAUUUUUCAGAAUGGUGUAUUUUAAGGCAAAAAGUUAAUUUUUCAAAGGUAUCUCUAAAAAAGAGUGAAGGAGUUUAAAGCAUGGGUAGACAUGUAUCAUUACUGACAGUAUUUGUGCCUUGUUUUAAGGAUGUUAUACUUUUGUUCUGGAUCACUUUACAAGAAGUAAAAAUGAGAGAAUUAAUAUUAAAUGUUCCAAGCAACAUAUCUGCAUUUGUGAACUUUUUCAUAAUCAUGUCCUCUGGACCAAUAAACAUCUGA